AUGGCAACCCGCCAUGAUUCUUACGGGAGUAGCUCUAGUGAAAGUGAAAGUGGAAGAGAAGGCCUCAGUACAAUUGAGACACGACCCGAUCGCCGCUUAUCGGAGCUCAAUUCCUCCCGAUCAGGGAACUUUGACCGUCGCCAAAGCCACCUCAAUGAGGUCGAGUUAGAGCGAAUCGAGACCUCUAGACUUCAGCACCGCUCUACCGUCGGCUCUGGGGUUGGACUCACACCGCGGGACCAGUGGCUCCCACUCGGAGCUGGCAAGCCCCAUCCUCCAGAUCUCCCAGACCCGGAACAAUACAUUGUGGAGUUCAACGAUGCAGAUGAUCCCUUGCACCCUCAGAACUGGUCUUUAGCACGCAAGAUCACGAUCUCCGUGGUGCUAGCCUACACCACUUUCGUGGCAUCUUUUGCUAGUGCCAUUUACUCUUCCGGAGUUGGCGCAAUCAGCGCCAACUUCAACAUCAGCACGGAAGUCGCCAUCCUCGGCGUGACCCUGUAUGUCCUGGGAUUUGCUUCGGGGCCGACGGUUUGGGCACCGGCCAGCGAGCUGAUUGGUAGAAGAUGGCCAAUUUGCAUUGGCAUGUUUGGAUACUCCCUGUUCACGAUUGCGACGGCGACCAGUAAAGAUGUCCAGACUCUGAUGUUGACCCGAUUCUUCGCCGGUUUCUUUUCUGCUAGUCCGAUCGCCAUUGUUCCUGCCGUGUACGCGGACAUCUAUAAUAAUCAAACGCGCGGUGUGGCUAUCGCAAUGUUCGCCAUGGCUGUAUUCGUGGGACCGUUCGCUUCUCCGUUCACUGGCGGCUUCAUCACCAUGUCGUAUCUGGGAUGGAGGUGGACUAUGUACAUCUCGUCUAUCAUGGGUUGGCUGGCCACUGGUCUGUGUCUUGUAUUCUUGAAAGAAACAUAUGCCCCCGCUGUGCUCGUGGAAAAAGCAGCAAUCCUGCGACGCCAAACACAUAAUUGGGGAAUCCGUGCCAGACAAGAAGAAAUCGAGCUGGAUUGGGGUGAGCUUCUCACGAACAACUUCAGUCGGCCGUUCCGUAUGCUUUUCACUGAGCCGAUUGUUUUCCUGAUCUCCCUGUGGAUGAGUUUCGUAUAUGGAUUGAUGUACGCGCUGCUCAGUGCCUACCCCGUUGUAUUCCAGGGCAUCCACGGAAUGAACCUUGGUGUUGGAGCUCUUCCAUUCAUCGGGUUGAUCAUCGGCGAGUUCUUAGCCGGUGCAUAUACCAUGUACGACCAGAAAGCGUAUCUCAAGAAGUUAGCUGCGAACAACAACAUCCCUGUCCCGGAAUGGCGACUGCCCCCCGCCAUCUUGGGCGGUCUGUGCUUCUGUGUUGGGUUGUUCUGGUAUGGCUGGACUGGAUGGACAAAAUCAAUCCAUUGGAUGGCUCCCACCGCCAGCGGAGUGGUGACGGGCUUUGGUAUCUAUGUCAUUUUCCUGCAGUGCUUCAAUUACCUGAUUGACUCAUACCUGACAUUUGCUGCGUCUGUGUUUGCUGCAAAUACCAUCAUCCGAUCAGCGGUGGGAGCUGCAUUCCCCUUGUUCUCAAAACAAAUGUUCCUCAAUUUAGGUGUGCAGUGGGCUGGCACACUGCUUGGAUGUCUCGCGCUCAUUAUGGUGCCAAUCCCACUGGCAUUCAUCAAAUGGGGACCCGCCUUGCGUAGGAGGUCUAAAUUCGCUCCCAUGAUGGAGAUUCCCUCUGUCGCAGAUUCGGAGAAAAGAUUGAGGGCCUCUGUCUAG